AUGAGUAGUCAAGAAUUGGUCACUUUGAAUGUGGGAGGGAAGAUAUUCACAACAAGGCUUUCUACCAUAAAGCAAUUUCCUGCUUCUCGGUUGGCACGCAUGUUAGAUGGCAGAGACCAAGAAUUCAAGAUGGUCAGUGACCAGAUUUUUGUGGAUAGAGAUGGUGUUUUAUUUAGUUUCAUCAUGGACUUUUUGAGAAAUCGCCAGCUUUUAUUACCCUCUGACUUUUCAGACUAUGUUAGGCUUCAGAGAGAGGCUCUUUUCUAUGAACUUGACUCUCUGAUUGAUCUCUUAAACCAACACCAGCUACAAUCAAGACCUGCUGUCCUGGAGGUGCAUUUCCUAAAUCAGAACACUCAAGCUUUCUUCAGAGUAUUUGGCUCUUGCAGCAAAACAAUUGAGAUGCUAACUGGAAGGAUUACAGUGUUCAUAGAACAUCGAACAACACCUUCCUGGAGUGGUAAUUCUUUCUCUCCUCAGACAACUUUACUUCCACUGCCUCCAGAAAGACCUUCUUACCAUGACCUGGUUUUCUAUUGUGGCACUGACGGCACUACUGAUAACCAGACUGGAGUCAGGUAUUUUGUACUCUGAAGCAUCUCUCCUCUGUUCCAAUU